GCGGCCAGUGGUUCCGCCUCGCCAGGCCCGGCCGGGGAAUGCUGGCCGCGCCGGGCGCCGCGGGGCCGGGCAGGGCGGUGCGGAGGCUGCUGCGGGCCGGGCUCGCCCUCAGGUGCAAAGCGAUGAAGAACUGGGGCGUGAUCGGCGGCGUGGCGGCGGCGCUGGCGGCCGGCAUCUACGUGCUGUGGGGGCCCAUCGCCGACAGGAAGAAGCGCAGGAAAGGGCUUGUGCCUGGCCUUCUCAACCUAGGAAACACCUGUUUCAUGAACUCCUUGCUGCAGGGCUUGUCAGCGUGUCCGUCGUUCAUCAAGUGGUUGGAGGAAUUUACAUCCCAAUACAAGACAGACCAGCCUGAACCAUCAGAGCGCCGAUAUUUGUCCCUUACCUUGCUGCACCUCCUGAAAGCCUUAUCCUGCCAAGAGGUCACAGAAGAUGAUGUUCUGGAUGCAAGCUGCUUACUAGAAGUGUUAAGGAUGUACAGGUGGCAGAUUUCUUCCUUUGAAGAACAGGAUGCUCAUGAGCUGUUCCAUGUCCUCACGUCUUCCUUGGAGGAUGAACGGGAUCGCUGGCCACGGGUCACACACCUGUUUGACGUGCAUUCGCUAGAACAGCCAGAAACAACCCAAAAGCAAAUAAGCUGCAGAACAAAAGGAUCACUUCCCCCUAUGGCAAAUCACUGGAAAUCUCAGCAUCCUUUCCAUGGGAGACUGACCAGUAACAUGGUUUGCAAACACUGUGAACACCAGAGUCCUGUGAGGUAUGACACAUUUGACAGCCUUUCGCUGAGUAUUCCAGCAGCCAUGUGGGGUCGCCCUUUGACACUGGACCACUGCCUCCAUCAUUUCAUCUCCUCUGAAUCAGUGAGGGAUGUCGUCUGUGAUAAUUGCACUAAAAUUCAGGCAGAAGGGAUACGGAAUGGGCAAACCAUAGAAAACCAGAAGACAACAUUUGUUAAACAGUUAAAGCUAGGCAAGCUGCCUCAGUGUCUGUGUAUCCAUCUGCAAAGGCUGAGCUGGUCAAACCAAGGCACACCUCUGAAACGUCAUGAACACGUGCAGUUCAAUGAGUUCCUGAUCAUGGACAUCUACAAAUAUCAUCUCCCUGCCCAUAAGUCAAGUAAACAUGAUCCAAACCAGAAGGACUCUGCAGGGACAUCUUCUGAGACAAAGGAUGGACUGGCCGUGAGAACCUCAGAUGGGGAGCAGCCGUGUAGCACAAAAUCGCUCUUUCUGAAUGGGGCCUGCUCUCCUUCACUCCUGCCAUCUCCCAUACCUUUCCCUCUUGCCUCCGUCCCUGAUUGCAGUUCCCCAGUAUACCUCUACCGCCUGAUGGCCGUUGUUGUGCAUCAUGGAGACAUGCAUUCGGGACACUUUGUGACCUACCGCCGCUCUCCGUCCUCUCCCAAGAGCCCUCUCUCGGUUAGUAACCAGUGGUUGUGGAUUUCAGAUGAGACGGUGCGCAAAGCGAGCCUGCAGGAGGUCCUUUCCUCCAGUGCUUACCUGCUGUUUUACGAGCGUGUUCACUCAAGAGCACAACACCCGAGUCCAGAGCUCAGGGCUGAGGAAUGACUUGGGUGGCUGGAGGAAGCUGAAACCUGAUGGAACUGCUCUCACCAGAUGUGUGUUGCACCUCCCGUCCAGUAUGCAACUAACCCCACGACAAGCCCUCCAACAUUCCGCCUCCCGUGGCAUUGGCCGGCUUCUGCAGGGAGCUGGUGUCACGAACCAGAAUACCGCUACCCAAAGUUGGUCUGCUAGUGUCGUGCCGUCAGAAGCGUGUCUGUGUUUAAAGAAGCCGUUAUUCUGUUUAGGUAGCAUUCUCUCCGACCCACGGGUCCAAAACAGGGGAUUUCAAGCAGAGACUCUCCAAGGUCCCGUUUCUAUUCUGACUUAUACGUGCGUUUUUAUAUGGAGUUGCUUAGUAUAACCCCAUUACAUUUCACUGCCGAGGUUUCAAAGCAGGUGAUCCAUAACAGCAGUUAAUACAAUUGCUGUUAUCAGAGGCAAUGAUUUAAAAUACAAUAAAGUGCCUUGAGCUUAUUUAAAUGGUUACAUUUCCAGUCCAAAUCUGCUGCAUGUGGGUUACAAUCCGAUGAGUGUCUAUCGAAGUGAUGUGAAGAACUGAAUCAUGUUUCUUUCAAUAGCUCUGGCUAAGCAAUGGAAGAAUUCAUCCAUCCCCACAAAAAAAUGCAUGAUCUAAAAGAGCCCUUUCCUGGAGGUAUGUUCUUUUCCUAAUUCUUCAGUUCCUUGUAUAUUCUAAAAGAACUUCUGCCAAAGUAAAGUGCAGUUUAUUUUUCAGGGAAAAUUCAAGUUGUUUAUUAGGUGAAGACACUGAUUUAUUGUUCCAUUCCCUUAAAAUGUGUGUGAAGUUAGGAGAGAGCAGCAUCUGUUAGCAAUUGCUAUUGCAGUUUCUUCUGUCACUAAAACAAUCUGAUAUUAUUGCUUGUAGAAUCAACUAGCUGAAGCCUUCUAGUGCUAAUACUUUAAGGAUAUUUUAAUUGGUCCCCUAGAGUCACCCGUUCCCACCUUAAUGAUAAACACUGCCAUUCCCUGUCACCCACUCAAAUGUGUGCCCUCUGACCUCCCACAGAGCUUGAACUGGAUGCAGUUGUGAAUCUGGGAUAUGCAGCAACCUGAGUGUCAUGGUGAAGUAGAGUAUGCAUGAUUGCACUUACUAGUUUGGUAAAGUAGUACCGAGGUCUGAGGAGACUGGUGUCACUGCAUUAGAUAGUGCUGUUUUUGAGGAGUACUGUGUUAACUGUCUGUGGCUUCUCUGUGCUCUUUGGUGUGUCAAAAAAGGAGUAGGGAGCAGGGGCAGAAAAAAAAAAAAUCCUUUGGGCUGUUUCUCUAUAAACUGUAGUAAAGUACAUGGGUUUCAGAGUUCUUCUCUGUCCUUGUACUGGUGAGAUGGGGUCUGAAAUGCAGACUAGGCCCUUUCAACAUCAAAUGCAGA